AUGGACAAAACGCCAUCAGCAGGUUUGAACACUGGGAAGAAAAACGCAUACAUGGCAAUCAAAGUAGAUCCCGAUGAGGAUUACUGUACCCCAGGUGCAUUUGAAUUGGAGCGACUCUUCUGGAAAGGAUGCCCGAAGUACACUCAUGUCAAUGAAGUCUGGCCCAGCCUCUACAUAGGAGAUGAGAAAACUGCGUUAGACCGCUACAGCCUUGAGAAGGCAGGCUUCACCCACAUCCUCAAUGCGGCUCACGGUCAGAAGAAUGUGGACACAGGGCCAGAAUAUUACCAUGACAUGGCUGUGGAGUACCAUGGAGUGGAAGCAGAUGAUCUCCCCACUUUCAAGCUCAGCCAGUUCUUUUAUUCCGCUUCUAAAUUCAUUGAUAAUGCGCUUCAGGAUGAAAGAAAUAAGGUCCUGGUUCACUGUGCUAUGGGUCGCAGCCGGUCAGCCACACUGGUCUUAGCUUACCUGAUGAUUUACAAGAACAUGACAGUGGUGGAUGCCAUUGAACAAGUAUCAAGGCACCGAUGCAUCUUGCCAAACCGGGGCUUCUUGAAGCAGCUGAGAGAACUGGACAUAGCGUUGGCAUUGCAGAGGAGGAACACCAAAAACAGCCUACCAUCCAAUGAUGACGAGACCAGCACCAUGAUCUAG